AUGUUUCGGCUCAAAACUUUUAUAAGCCUUUUCGUUGUUCUAUCUGCAUUGAUUACUGCUGAAGAUCCAUGCCGAUUUGAACAUACAAAAGGUACUAUUGAUCUAUCAUCUUUAGGUAGAAUUGACGGAAAACCUGCAUAUCCUGAUGAAUACCCACCUGUGGGAUCUAAUUACCUAUAUAGUUAUAAUCCAUGCAAGCCGUUCUCCGAAGGUGCAACUUGCAAUAACGUAGCUGUUUGUCAAAUUUCAAAGGAUAAACAGUUUACGUUUAUUCUUGGCAAGCAAGAGAGCGCUGAGUGGAAUCCAGGCCGUGGUUUGGGCACAAAUCCGUCUAUUACAUAUACUUAUGAUACAAAGCAAGCUUCCAUUCAAUUAAUGUGUGCAACUGAUGAAACCAAUCAGUUAGAGGUGCUAGGAGAAGGUCCAACAAACUUUUACAAAUUCCGUUUGAUUAACAAAUGUGCUUGUUGGGAUGGAUGUAAAGGAGUUCCACCGCAACAGAACUGCACAAUAAAUGGCACUGUUUACACAUCAGACAAACAAAUCAUUCAAUCUUUUCCAUUUCCUGUCUCUAUCAAUCCUUCGCAAUCUCUACCAUCACCACCAAAGUUUAGCUAUGCUACUGUCGAUACGAAUCGUCGUGUAAUCAACUUGACUCUAGUGAAUAUUCCUAGCAUUCCUCCUGGGCUGUUUUGCUUGGGUAAUUUACAAGAACUUUCGAUUUUUGACUCUCCUUCCGUAACAAUUCCAUCGGAAAUUGGUCGUCUUUCUACAUCGCUGCAGUCUUUGACGAUGUCGCAAGUUUCUCGAUCAGCUCCUCUUCCAGCUGAGUUAUUCAAUUUGAGUCGUUUAUCAACAUUGUCGAUCGUCAAUUGUGGUUUAGAAGCACUAUCAGAAGAUGUCGGAAGAUUGAGUUCGCUCAAUCAAUUGACUCUCGAUGAAAAUCUUCUCGUUAGUNGGUCCUGA